GCCCUUUGUUUCUUUUCCUGAAAGCUGAUUGGUGAGGAGUUCCCGUGUGGCGUCAAACCGGAACAAAGAUGGUGGUGUGUAAUUUAUUCAUUUUUUAACUGGCAUUCGGUGGCCUAGUGGCAUUAGCUGAUAGUUUCUCUGGAGAGUGAGAUCCGGGCUGGGAUAUGUCUGUUUUCCACGACGAAGUGGAGAUCGAGGACUUCGAGUACGAUGAGGAGACGGAAACCUACAGCUACCCGUGCCCGUGCGGGGAUCGUUUCCUCAUCACGCGGGAGGAUCUGGAGAAUGGUGAAGAUGUGGCCACUUGCCCAAGCUGUUCACUCAUAGUAAAAGUAAUUUACGAUAAGGAACAGUUUAUGUGUGGCGAAGAAGUCUCAGCACCACCAACAAACAAAGAACUGGUGAAAUGCUGAUGAUCAUUUGAUGAACUUUCCUGUCCUUGAAAAAUGUGGUAGUAAUGUUGAGGCAGAAGACGCAAGCAUGCCUGUUCUGAAGACUCUUUACAUGUAGACACCAGCUGCUUCUCAUCAUCAGCUUCACUACUUUGAGAGAAAGAACAGAAGUGUCAAAAGCUUUUGUGUGUUUCUGUGCAUAAGAAGUUCAUAAUAUAUUUAAAGGCAUGGAGUUAUCUUUCGAGUGCGAGAUUGAAAAUGGCAACAAUCCCCAAUACCCAAAAGUGUCAGUAAUGCUUGUUCCAAAUCUAGCAAACUAUCACUUGUUCUUGGACACUGGAUUAUUUCAGGUGAUGCACAGAGUGAGCUGCUGGGUCCUAUAAUAUGAGCAAGAAGAGUACGUUCCAUGCUUUUUUUUUUUAAAGAGGGGUCUGUAUUAGAGGCCAAGUUUGUUGAAAUCAAGCCUAUACCAGUCGUCCUGCUAAUCUUUUAUUUCAUGCAAAGUUGCACCAUUCCAAGUUGUGUUGUCUUGACAAACUCAGUAUGAUGACAUGAUGAUGACACUGUCAUUCGCCUAGAUGGGUUGCUGUAAGCAAAGCUAACAGCUGACCUGGUAUUUCCAAAUAUGCAGCCAAAUUACAUAAAGACUGAAUGAUGAGCAGAAAAAUCAGUGGGUUUAAUAGGACAACUCUGUAUAAACAUAAGCUGUUAGUUCUUACAUCUGCUACGUCAGUUUAGCGUUCCCAGAGAUCCAAUGACCUCCACCUUGUCAUAUUUGUAAAUCUCAUCGCCUACUUGGUUUGUAACUGGGCUUUUCAGUUGUAUUUGCAAUUUCAGGGUGUGAUUUGUGGUAACACUUUCCAAGGUGUAUAUAUCACAGUGAUUCUAAGUGGGGGAAAAUCUACCUUGAUGGUCUUUGCUUUAGAGAAAACCUGUACAAAACUCAUUCCAAUCUGUUUUUCCUGGGUAAAAGCAGAUUGUGUAAGUUCACCGAAACACCAGCUUUUUAAAUGAGUUUUGUUAUGUCCAUCAUAUCCUUCAGGGUUAAAUUUAAUAUUUAAAUAUCUAAUCUUGGAAUUUGUGAACAAACACACACUGAUUUCAUCUUUAUUGGGUUUCACUAAUAACCCAGUAAUGGUGUUACCAGAAUAUUUAAAACCAAGCAACCUGUUUAACUUGUAAUUGAACACAAUGACUGCAUGUAUGUAUAACACUUGAAGGGCCCCUUUUUUAUCAACAACUUGUCAUCCAUGAAAUACUCUACUUUGUUGAGAAAUUCAUGUAUUAACAGCAGUUGCUUUUGGUGGCCAACAGGUGGCGCAGAAAGUUUGCAGACUGACUUACAAAAAUACAAAUAUUUAUUUUGCAUUUUAAAUUAAAUUUAACUUGUGGUUCUUCUGGUAGGCGAUAUUCCAGCUUUAAUGGGAUUGGAUUAAGCAGAAAAUGAGAUUUUGUGAAACCUCCAGGUAUAAAAUUAGGGAUGCUGUUCUUAGUCAAUCAUCUGAAUAGCUGUUGCACCAUCUGGCCCUAGAAUGUCGCAGUGGCAUUCUGACCUGUCAAAUCAGGUCAUGCAAAAUUGUUGAGUAACUACUUUGGUGUUCUGCUUGCUGUUUGGCAGUAAAGAUGGGGCAAGCUUGGGAGCCUCAUCUAAUCUUUCAUUACAGUAGUAUGAUUAUUUUUAAAAUAAUUUUAAUACUGAAGUAGCGUGACGUAGGUGUUGCUGUGCUUUAUGAAAUCCAUACAUGUCAGAACUGCACUUUCCUACUGGAACAAGUUGGCGUCAAUGCAAGUAUCAGUAUCACUUGAUUCUAUGCAUCUUUACAGAACUGAUGUGCUGUACUUCUUUGGUAAACGUGACAGUCUCCUGAUACGGUGCUUAUUGUGCGGUGACUAGAGACACUUAGGGCAUUGCCAUAUUUAUUUACAAAGUGCUUAACAUCAAUUGGCACUGUAAAAUUAAUGAUUUAGUUAAUUAGAUUAUUUAGAUAAUAAAUUAAAAUCUGAAUCAGUGGGUUCUGAGGAACACUGUCCGAUUUCCUACUGAAUUCCAGACUGUCUGCACCUGAAGGUUCCAUAAACUCGAAUAAUUCGUAGCCAGUAUGGCUACUGAUCUGGGAUGAUGAGAGUUGUAGUUCAAAAUCUGAAGGUUACCAAAACCAAAUGAGACCUGUAAUCCCUACUAUGAGGCAGUGACAUCAUCCCAAGGCACUAGGCACUACACAUCACAGAACCUGUUACAAAUGUCAUGGCAAACAUCAGGCCCUCUGUUAUGCUGCUUCCCUACCUCUUUGUAAUGGGCAACAGUAGACCCCAGCCGCAAGACUACCUGCUAGAUGCACUUGAGCCCUGAGGGCCAGAUACGCUCGUCUCUACUUACCCGUGCAUUUGGUAUUAUUAGAGUGAAAUGCCCCAAAAUUCAUCUGUUUGAAAGUGGCAAAUUUUGCAUAUCAGACUGAAGGCUAGAAGCCUAGCAAUAUUUAUUGUUAUUGGACCAAAUGAGGACAGUUGUUGCAGCUGGUAUAGACAAAUAAAAAUGAUUAAUAGUUUAGAA